AUGUCAACAGAUGCUGGUUUGCCGAUUUCGGAGAGUCGUCUCCGUAAGGCUAUCGAACAACAAAUCAAGAAAUAUGGUGAGGAAGUAAAGUGUUGGGAAGAGUAUUUUCUAGGGAUGGAACAGUUGACGAACCGUAAAAUACGGGAGAAUUUAAAAGAAGAGUUCAAUAUUGAUUUCUCUGAUUAUAAGGCAACAGUAAAUAGAGUGACAAUGGAAGUGAGUUUUUCAGUACUUCAAAAUUGCGUUAGUUCUGCGGAAGAAGAAAAGAAAAAUUCUACUUCAGAUUCUGAUUCUGGUGAGGAAGUUGUAGAUGCUGACGUCGUAGUAAAGAAGCAUGGAAAAAAACGAAAGAAGUGUGCUGGGAAUGAAUCUGACUCUGAACUGCUUGAAGUUGGUCAGAGACGACGUAAAGCAGCUCCUGCACCAAAAAAGAGCAGUGCCAGGAAGAAGAAAGUAUCAUCAGAAUCCGACGGCACAAAAAAAAGGCGAAAGAGUGCGUUUACCGAGUACUGUGCAUUGUCGGAAGAGCUUGCUGAUAUGGUUGGAAAACCGUAUUCUGCUCGAUAUGAUGUUGUGAAGGCAAUGUGGAGUUAUUUUAAGAACAAUAAUCUUAUGGAUCCUAAAGAUAAAAGAUAUGUUCUCGCGGACGACAAACUUUUCAAAAUCUUUAAGAAACGGCGCUUUUUAGCUUUCGGCAUGAUGAAAGAAUUGAAAAAUCAAAUGAAGCUGCCUAGAGAGUUGUAUGAAGACGAGCGUCUUGCUCUGGAAAAGUUUGCGGCAGAAGAAGAAGCUAGGAAAGCAGCUGAAAGGAAUGGCGACAACGCAGCUACUGAAAGUAAGACUAACAAAGAUGGCGGUGAAAAAAGGGCAUUAAAAAAUUCCGAAAAGACCGAUAGCAACGACGGCGAAGAAAGUAGUGAGUCAAGUGACUGA